GGGGGGGCUGCUUUCCAAGCAUCAGUGACCUCGCUGGAGGAGAGGCGAGACCCGGGUGUGUGUGUGAAUGCACCCCUCCCAAAGCCCCAGCUACGAGGCAGGCGGGCUCCACUCUCCGAACAGCUCCAUUCCCCUCUCCAAGACUGCGGCCGGAGGGAUCCUGUGGGUUACCUUCGGCUCGGCAGGGGGAGGGCAGCGGCCCCUCCGCAGCCCAGCACGGCCUCCCCAUUCCCUCCCCCCGCCCACCCCAUCACUGGGGGUCUCCCCGAUGCUUCUGGCUGGACGGCCAACUCUUCUGCGACAGGGAACCAUCUCCUUGGGAGCCUCCGACUCCCUGGGCCAAGGGGCACCGUCUUCAAAUGACAGCUCUCUUCCGGUUAGCAGGGGGAGAGCGGCUGUCUCUGUUCAGCCCAGCGGGGAGGCUUUUUGCUGCGCUCUCUCUCUCAUGCGCGCGCGUUUCUUUUUAGGCUGGGAGCCUCUUUGGGGCAGGGAACCAGCUUCUGGUGUCGGGAAGCUUUUGCUGGAAAGCAGUCCUUAGCGCUUCUUAAUAGUGAUGACUGCACAUUAUCGAAAGCUUGGCUUUUAGGAGGAGCUUAGAUAAGUUCAUAGAGGACAGGUCUAUCAGUGGCCACUAGCCCGAGGGCUAGAGGCCAGCCUCAGAGGCAAGAGGUCUCUCAAUCCCAAUUGCAGGGGAGCCACAGCAGGAGAGAGGGCAUGCCCUCACCUCUUGCCUGUGGGCUUCUCGGAGGCAUCUGGUGGGCCACUGUGGGAAAGAGGAUGCUGGACUAGAUGGGCCUUCUUGGGCCUGAUCCAGCAGGGCUGCUCUCAUGUUCGGAUAGCCACUGACUUUAAACGCAGAGGGUGCUGACACAGAUAUGCUUGGAAAGCAUUCCAACUAUACCCCAGAAGCUGCAGGGGAUGCACUGUCAGGCUGUCCGCCAGCCAUAAAAAGCCUUAAUGUCUAUGCGCACACAUCAAAACAGAUGUGCAGUAGAACAAGAAGCAUCCAUUCCCCAUCUGGAGAGUUUGCAUCUAGGGACUCUGGAGAAAGAGCAGAGCCCUUAAGUAGGACAACUCUAGCAAUCCACCGCAAGAGAAAUGUGAAAAGAUAUUCAGCAGGCAAAGACAGGGUGGAAGACAGAGGAAGUGGCCAGACAGCAGGGACGACGAGAGGCCAUGCAUCCCACCCCACACCUUGUGCACCAACUCUCUAGACUAUCUUUCCCCAACAGAUUCCUGGUCCUUUUUGCAGCGACCAGCUGGAGGAAAAUUUAGCAGGUUGCACAUUUUCCUGCCCCAGAAGGCAGCCAUCCCUUGACAAGGCAGUUGUCUUGGCUCUCUGUCCCCCUCCCCGGGCUGGGGAUGGAACCCAGGAGUCCUGAGAUUACCCCCUCGGCCUCCCCAUUCCUGCCCCUGCGGCCGCAGGUGGGAGGCGAGAGGGCCCAGUUUAGCUACAAUUAAUCCAUCAGGCCCCUUUGGGUUGACAAACCCUGACAAACCCCGAUCAGAUUAGGGAGGGAUUAGCAGAAGGCGCAAAGGCUGGGAUUAGGUUCCUCCACAAGGGAGUCAAAGGGGCUUUGGAGUGGGGGCGGACAGAUCGUAGGGCAAGCCCGGGGGCAUCGCAGGAGCAGGAACAAGGUCUCCUGGGCAGGAGUCCUGUGCUUGGCCAAAGCUGCGCAGCAGGCAGAAAUGCGACAAGUGCAGCUCUCUUGGGGGAAGAGUCACCUGGUGAGUUUCUGCCUGCUGGCAGCAACCGAAAGCAUACAGCCUCUAUCAAGGGUAGAGAAAGAGAAAAAGCUCACUGGAGAAGAAGAGUGUGGGGCGGGGGGAAAUGUAGUGAAUAAAUCUAUAAGAGGAAUGAGUUUUCCAAUAACAGGGAGACUCUCUCCGAAGUCACACCUUUCGUGAGAUUUUUUAAACCCCUUUCACUAAUAUACUGGAAGUUGGCAGGAUCGUCUCUGAGCACAUUAUGAGCAUUGCUGCCUCCCGCACAGCAACCACAGCAGCCCCCACACAUUUGAGGCUGAGAACGGGACUACAAAGGCAUCGCUUAGAGCAAGAUUUAAGUGCGAUUGGUGUGUGUGUGUGUGUGUCACACAGAAAGACACACACAAAAACAGGCACCCCCAAUAUCCUCAAUGUUUCACAAAAUGCCAAAAGGGGCAGAUUUUUAGCCCUCCCGUUCUUGGCACGAGCCACACACGCACACAGAGAAGGCUCUGCCAUUUCGACCACAAUCGCUCUGCUUUCCACCGAUGCAAAAGCUAGGCGGCCGCAUUUGUUCUCUGGGUUAAAGAUAUACCAGCCGAGCACAAUGGCUUUCCGAAUGCUGAUCAACAACAGCUCCAAACCUACGCCAACAGCAGGAGCAGGAGUGAAGACACAGCACAGAGGGGCACAAGCACCUUCGUCUUCAUGCACGUGCAUUGACACGGAUGUGCGUUCAAGCCAAGAGGCUUCCCACACACCCACACGGCAAUUUGACUUGUUGAGACCCCUUGAAAGCUGACAUUCCUAGCCAUUCUCACCAGUAGUAUGAAUAUUCCCGAAAGCAAAAGCAGACGCAGUUUACCAAAGGCCGGGACCAGGAAGCAUGGUCCCGACAGAUUUCUUCUGUCAAGAUUUCCAUGACACUCUGGAAAAGCUGGUCUUGUGGUAGCGAGCAUGAAUGGUCCCCUUUGCUAAGCAGGGUCUGCCCUGGUUUGCAUUUGAGUGGGAGACUCCAUGUGAACACUGUAAGUUGUUCCCCGCUCUGGGAAGAACACCUGCAUGCAGAAGGUUCCAAGUUCCCUCCCUGGCAGCAUCUCCAGAUAGGACAAGAUUUUUUUUAUUGAACCAACAAACUACCAAAGCAUACAGUACAUUACCAAAGCACAAUUAUUCACAAAGUGGUGCUGAGAGAGACUCCUGCCUGCAACAUGGGAGAAGCCGCUGCCAGUCUGUGUAGACAAUACUGAGCUAGACGGACCAAGAAUCUGACUCGGUAGGAGACGGCUUCCUAUGUUUCUAUUUGAGAGUCUCUAGCAGUGUUUCCUGUAACAGGGAUUCCCAGACGUUGUUGACUACAACUCCCAUCAUCCCCAGCCAAAGGCCAUUGCAGCUGGGGAUGCUGGCAGUGGUAGUCAACAAUUUCUGGGGGCCCCAGUGACAGGGAACACUGGUCUCCAGGAAUCGGCACUACGGAAAGCAACCAUGGGGGUUUUAAGAGCUUGAUAUUAUGGGAAAUACUGGGAUAAUAUUUGGUACUCCAAUAGGGCUGGGAAUAGGGUUGCCAACCCUUCAGGAUUAACCCGGGUUCUCCAGGAAUCGGCACCCAUCUCCGGGUGACUCUUGAAAGCAGCUCUGGUGGUGUUAAUGACUUGAGAUCGUGGGGAAUAUUAGAGUGGGGGCGGAAAUCUCCAGGAAAGGCUUGAGUGAGAGUUGGCAACCUUGCUCCCCACUUAACACAACCGGCCUACCCUUCUGUAAUCACUAGCUGGUGAUAGUGGGGUAGUUACCCCUGCCGGUUCUGUGCAAUCCCUACUUAGCAGCAGCUUCAAAUACAGAACCAUGGUUAGGAGAAUGGCAAUUCAAAUUAAUUAAUCCACAGUGGAUUCUGUUAGGAUUUUUUUUUUUUUAAGGGGAUUGGGCAGUGCCCUACCUGUGGAACUCCUGCCCGAGGAAGAUUCUGCUGGUUGCUGUGUUUGGGAAACAGGUGAAGAACUUUGUACGUCAACAAGCUUUUGGCUCUCCAGAAAUGAUGGGACACAAAACAAGUGACUAUCGUAUCUCCCGGCUCUUGAUGAUUUGGGGAAUGCGGUUUUGGAAAGAAAAACCCACCUGGAGUGAAGGGUUGAACCUUGCCUAUUGCAAGGGUGAGAAGAUGGCAAGUGAAGGCCCUGGCAAGUGAAGGCCCUGGCAUAUCUGGAGUAGAAUGGCAGACCCAUAUUAAGGUCCCGGAGUGGAGCUCCAGCCACUGAGCGCCUUCAAGGCCCCUGCUUUCUCCUCCCCUCCAGUGCUGCCCAAGAACUGCCUUCUGCUCUUCUUCUACGGGAUGUUGCAAGGAAACGCAGUGGGUGGAAGAAAGACGCCGGCAGCAAGCACAGAUCCCCCGUUCAACAGGCAGGAUGGCUCCUACCUGAGGAGCGGAAACCCCUGAGCGACGCCCUCCAGAAGAGACCGGUGAGGACUAGAACUAGGCCAGGGCCCAUCGGCUAUGCCUGGAAUCAGUCCUGAGCAGCAGGCAAAAAGAUGCAGAUAAACCCUAUCAGCUGCUACUGUUAAUACCACCACCAUGAAGAAACUUCCAUCAACCAAAUGAUCCCUGCUGGGAGUGAAACCCAGGUUGUGCUUCUGAUUCCGAGAACUGAAGAGAGGAGGGAGCCUUCGCCAUGGGUCUCAAUCCUGCCUCUUCUUUCAUCCACCAGCAUGUGGGUUGUGUUGCCUGCUGCUGAAGGAGAUGUUGCCAGAGACCUCGCCCGAUGCUCCUACUCGAACUAAAAACAUCAAUCAGUCUCAAAGUAGUUCACAUAGCAGAGGGAUGAGAAGAUGGCUCUCUGCCCCAAAGGGGUUCCUCAUCCAGAAAGAAACUCAAGGGAGGCCCCAGCCGCUGGGAGGGACGCUCUGCUGGGCUGAAGAGGCUCCCAAAACAAGAGAGCCGCCACCUUGAAAAGGCGUUCUGGUCAGCAGAGGCCGCUUAACGAGGCCGACCUUUGCCUGAGGGGGGCAAAGCUCAUUUAUUAUUUAUAGCGCACCUGCCCACUCUGCUUUUGAGCCCCAAGAAGUUCCCAGCUCAGUUUCCAUAGCCAGAGGCCUGAGGAGAAGGUUCCCUGCCCCAAAGGGGCUCCCAAUCCAAAGAGAGCGGAAGCCCCAGCAACUGCCCCACUGGGAGGGACGCCAUGCUGGGCUGAAGAGGGACAGUUGCUCUCCAUUUGAAGAAGGUGCCCCUUCUUGGCCCGUUGAGCGGGGCUGGUCCCCAAGCUGCCUUCCGCAAGAGGGCCUGAAGAUGGUUUCCUCCUGCCCCCCCAAGGGGCUCACAGGCACCCCAGAGAGAAGCCCGCGGGAGACCCCAGCAACAGCCCCUGAAGAGAUGCGGCUCUACUGGGUUGUCCGAAAUACAGCCCAUCCUAGGAAAGACCCUCUCUCGCCUCUCGCCUCUCCUAUCACCCGGCACGCUUGCCGAGGUCUUCACAAGAGCUCCUGCAGGCUGUCCAUGCCAUCCGAGGUCAAGUAGCCCAAACCACGGGAAGAUGGAUGAUGAUGUGACCACGGAACCGUUGGCACAGAAGUAUGGCUUCUGAGAGGGAAGUUCAAGUCAGUUUGGAUCCCACAAAACAAUUCGUGGAAGGAGAGGAGAAACUCUGUGUGCUUCGCAGGAAGAGAACAGAUGGGUCAAGGAGAUUUGGAGGCCGGGAAAUCAUGGGCCCUGGAGCCAAGCAGGGAGUUCCACUGGGUUAAAGCUGGGCUGUGUGAAGAAGUCCUCUGCUCUGUCCUGAAUCUGCUGCCCGUUGACUUCAUUGGAUGGCUCCGGUUUCUAAGCCCUGGCCUUCAGAGAAGAUGGAGCCAAUUGCAGUUGAGCCAAGAAAGGAGAAAAAACAGGUUCCUGGACGAGGACUACGCCGUUCAAGUCGCCAUCAACGAUUACUUGGACAUCUACUGCCCACACUAUGACCAGCCCUUGGCGACUGGAGCACCGGAGGCCUUCACGCUGCUCAUGGUCGACUUUGAAGGCUACCGGGGCUGCUACGAGACCCCCAGAGCCUUCAAGCGCUGGGAAUGCAACCGCCCCUACGCCCCCUAUGGCCCAGUCCGCUUCUCGGAGAAGAUCCAGCGGUUCACCCCCUUCUCUCUGGGUUUUGAGUUCCAGCUCGGACGGGACUACUACUACAUCUCUAUCCCCACGGCAGAGAGCCCUGGACGUUGCUUGAAACUGCAGGUGUCCGUCUGCUGCAAGACGACCACUGCUGAGCCCGUGACAGAGGGCCCCAAAUCUCAGCCACGUGGGAGAGGCAGUUCGGAGGAAGCUGCUGGAGGACCCGGACGCAGCUCGGCCCCCUCCUGGCCCUGUGGCCCCUGCCUGGGGUUUGCCCUCCUACCCUUCCUGUGGCACUGACCCCAGGGAGGGCAGGCGGGCUGGGGAGUCCCCCGGCCGGGGCACGAGGGGGAGGCCAGGCAUUCCCUUCGCCCCCUCUGCCCCUGCAAUGGCAAGGAGGCUGGAUUCCUCACUCGGCACUUUAGAACCCAGAGGCGGCCUCCCCACGACCCUUUCUGAGCCGAGGCGCCGCUUCGCAGCGACGGGGUGAGCCCCUGGGCGCCAAGGACACGAAGCCAAAGGGGCGGAGCACCCCCCGGAACCUCAGGCCGCACCCGCCUCCCUCUCCGUUUUGGGGUCCUUUUGAGGCAAGAGGAAGACCUGGAUUGGGAGGUGCAUCUCCCUGUCCAGUCCGCAUUGGAUGUUGGAGCCGAGCUUUCCCGCCACCUGCCUGUGAGGGUGUCCGCAUGUGGACUUGUCUUCCAAAAGCUCAGCUUUGAGUUGGGCGGGGGACCGGGGUAGAAAUCGCCCCUACGGGACGGCGGCGGACUGGAGGUGUGUCUCUGGACUGUUUUAUGCCAAAGACGGGGAGAAGACGCGCCCCCUUUCUUGGCCCUUGGCUUGCAAGGCUCAGCGAUUGCGAGGGGUGUCGCUUCUUUCGCCCCUGUUUUUUGUCCCCCCUUGGGCCUUGCCUCCCCCACCAAUGAACUGGACAGUGGAGAACCCGUCCUCCCUCGCAUUCUCGGUGCUUUGUCUUCCGUGAAGAUACCACUUGGCGUGGCCGAUUUUGCUGGUUUCCUGACUGCCUUUGUGACGUCUUCUUUUUUGUAUUUUGAAUUGUCAGUGACUGAGCCAGACAGCUUGGGGCAGAACCCAGGGCCCCCUUAUACAGACGUCGGAGGUGGCCAUAUGCCGAGUCACACCACUGGCCCAUCUCGCUUGGGAUUGUCUACUCUGACGGGCAGCAGCUCUACACCCUUUUAGUCAGGGGUCUUUCCCAGCUCGAACGGAGAAGCUGCCAGGGAUUGGACCGGGGGCCUUCCGCACGCAAAGCAGAGGCCCCACCCCUUCCCAACCAGCCCUGUAAGGUGGAGCUUCACCAGUUGAAUUUCCUGUCUGGCACACCACGGUUGAAAGGGCAGGAGCCUUUCUGGGGGGAAGAAAAGGUAGCGCAUCUCUUCUCCUCCCUCUUCCCUCAUCGGCUGCAGAUGAGAAAUGGCCUCAAUAAAAGCUAAUUGACGGCAGCUCCUCGCAAAUCGAAUUGCUCGGCUCCCGAAUCGGGAAGAUGGCUGCCCACCCUGAAGCCUGCGGCCGACCAAAUUGAAUCUAUUAAAGGUAUCUGCUUCGGUGGGCACAACACUCCUCCUUUGCUGCCAUCCUGCUGGCACAGCUCUUCACAGACCCGGCGAUCAGCUUGCGGCGGGAAGGCUACACGGUCCAGGUGAACGUCAACGACUACUUGGACGUCUACUG